CGAGCCAUACAACACGGUCGCCUCCUUCAUACAACAAACGAAACCCUUGCCCACGUUUUAUGAAGCCAGGUCCAUGCUUAUCCUGGAGGAAACCCGGAUGGCCUAUCAGAUCGCCUCCUCACCUGCUGCAGCACUAGUCGUAUCCACCCCCGCUCCUGCUCAGCCAGCGCCUCCUGCCGCACGUCCAACCUGGUCACAUGGUCGCUCCAGAUCAAAUCAACGCCCAGGACGCUCGAAUGGCCGUUCCAAUGCCCCACCACCUGCAGUUUUUCCCUUUAGCACUCAAGGACCGCCUGGGUCUUGGACCCCACCACCAUGGCAGUACUGGAUGCCGCAACCCUGGGCAGUACCUCCGUGUCCUUAUCCAACUACUUCCGGUCAGUCUAGUUAUCAACCACGGCCAUCUCCUGCGGCCGGUAUUCUCGGGGCCAGGCCUCAUCAAGCUCACACUGUUAGCCAUGCUCAGCCCACGAAUAUUACCUCUGCCAUGCACACCAUGAGUCUCACACCUCCGGAUCCUAAUUGGUAUUUUGACACUGGUGCUACCUCUCAUAUGACGGCGAACCAAGGAUCUCCGAACGGGCAUCCCAGUUAUGAGGAGUAACAGCUCAGGCGACUUAUAUCCCUUAUUUUGCACUCCGUCAGUUUCAGCAUCUUCAUUUUUGGCCGUUUCAGCAAAUAUUUGGCAUAAUCGCCUUGGACAUCCUGACGACCCUGUUUUUCAUCAUCUUAGAACUAAUCAUAUUCUGAGUUGUAAUAAAGUUCGUUCUUCUGGUUGUAUUUCGUGUCAACUUGGGAAACAUAAUAAACUCUCUUUUCC